GAUACUCAUGAAAGCUUACAUAGUCUAUUUGGCACGACUUCUGGAAUCCCCGGUGAACUUGAGAUUCCUUCGGAAACUUCAUUACUUCGUUUGCGGGGGACAGAGUUAAUCAUUUGAGUGGUUCACCGGCCAGAGUUCUAACUUCACCAGGUUGCCGUCCAGGGUUUGGUCAUUGCUUAUGUCAGGCCAAAUUUAUUUGCAUGGAAUAUGCUAUUGGGCAUCUGCAAAGACCGGUAUAUAAGGCCUUUCAACGAACACUCAUAUGGCACGCCACUCAUUUUACGUCCUCCCAUGUCUCCAGUAUCUUCACGAGAAGCUUUACCUGCUCCCUUGAUACAAGAGCUUGCGGAUUCGAUUCGGGGAAACCUUUACUCCCGAGACGACUCCAACUUCAAAGAGUACACUGCAAUGUUCAACGGAAACGUAAAGACUCGUGCAAAGGCUGUAGCUUGUCCUCUAGACGCUGAGGACGUUAGCAAGAUCGUGCUCUUCUGCGUCAAGCACUCUCUUUCUCCUUCCGUCAAAGCAGGUGGUUUUGGGACUGCAGGAUGGGCUGUCAACGGUGACAUGGUAAUCGACUUGAGUCAAAUGUUGGAGACCGACAUCGAAGUAGCAAAAGAAGAUGGAUCCUACACCUGCUUGCGAGACAUGCCUACUGCACACAGCAAGGGCAAACGCACCGUUCCUGCCGGUCCAACCACCGUCAAUCCUGGCAAGAGAAGAAGAGAAGCGGAUGGGGACCUGCGGGUCUACGAUUCAGAUUCACCUUCAGCUACGGCAUUCCUCAACGGCGAAAACAUUCCCCAUGUCGUUAGAAGGCGUACCUCUGAGGCAACCUAUACACUUGGUAUUUCGUCGUAUAAUGUGGGGGGCGAGUCUCAUGAUCGUCACUCGGCCCCAUCUGUCCAGCCCAGUCGGGCCGGUAGCCACUUGGCAAGUGGACGCGAAAACUCAUCAACUUCGUCAAGUCCUCAAACUUUGCGAGAGUCCUACAAUGCCGCCAGCUCAGGAGCACCUCCAAAUGCAGAUCCGUUUGGAUAUCUCAACAGGUCGACGAACAUGGACAUCUCUAACAUUCAGACGACUUUUGCAAGGACCGAAGCCUAUAACCCGAUUGGCACAGGGCCUAGCACAAUAGUUGCUAACCCUAGCCUUCCUUCCACCAGUCGUAGCAUGCCGUCGCAAUCUCGAGCGAUUCAUCCGUUUGCUUAUGUUACCUUUGGUGCGGGAAAGAGACAGAAGGAAAUCGAUAUCUUUACUUCUCGCAAUCCAUUACCUGGUCGAUCAGUCCUAGGCGAAGAUGAGGCCAUUCCUUACCACGUCCCAUCCUGUGCACAUCCAACAGGAUCAUCCAUGAUGAUACUCGGGGGAUUUGGAUUUUUGAGCCGUUUGCGUGGCCUGAGUAUUGAUAACGUUGUGGAGUUAGAAAUGGUCUUAGCAGAUGGACAGAUUGCCAUAGUAAACGAGAACAACCAUCCAGAUCUAUUCUGGGCCGUGCGCGGUGCAGGUUCUGCAUUCGGUGUUGUGACUAGGUACAAGGUCAAAGCGUUCCCGAUUCCUGUCGUCUUUGCCGGGAACCUUAUCUACCGAUUCCAUAAAUCCACCGCCCCUUCCUUGAUCAAACACUUCCGUGAUUGUGUGAAGGGCGCGCCACGAGAACUUUAUGCCAACGUGUUCUUAACAGCCGGCCCACCUGGAAAGGACUCGCUCGUGGUCAUCCAAAUGUGUUAUGUCGGGCCAAAAGAACGAGGACAAGAAUAUGCUUUGGCCAUGGCCUCAUGGGAAGGAGACAAAUGUUUACUAAACGAGAUUCACGAAAAGAGUUUCCUCCACCAGCAAGACAGUGUUGCGCAAGUAUUGCGGGGGAAAGCUGGUAGGCAGUGGUUCAUCAGAUCUGCACUCAUUACUUCCCUUUCCGACGAAAUAAUCGACAAGACCGUGAUGAAAUUCUCCGAUACUCCCGAAGGAUGCACCUGGCUCUUCGAACUAGCGGGUGGAGCUAUCGCUGACUUCGAAAAUACCUGCCUUCCCAAAUCACAACGUGAAGCGACGUUCACGGUCGCAGCACUUCAUCAAUGGGACAUGGGUAUCAACGAUCCUCGAUGUAUCACGACUGCAGAAUCCUGGAUCAAAGAUACGUUGAAGCCAGUCCAGACCGGAGGUCCGUUCCCAAGCUUCCUCGGACGCCAUGAAUCACCCGAUCGCACGAUUGCUUGUUAUGGAGAGAAUUGGGAUCGACUUACGGAAAUCAAGGAAAAGUAUGACCCCACAAACCUCUUUCGCAACUCGCUUUGGCCUCUCGACCGAGUAGGAAAGACUGUCGAGGUUGGUGAUCACGAACCACCCACUGGUUCUGAGGCUGGAACCUCCUUCGAUUGUCUCGAAAGGAAGAAGGAUUAAACGGACACGAAUUGUUAUUUGGGUAAAGUGGCCAUUUUUCACUGGGUUGUGAUCGAGUACAUAUUGUAACUGGUAGCGUUGACAAUAAUCAUAUAUACACGGAUUGAUAG